AUGUCCAAAGUUCGGAUGCAUAUAGAACAGAGGGAGCGUGAUUUCUGGAAAGGCGAAGGGGACCUUCUGGAUCCGCUCGAAGAGGUGGCCUUUAUUGAACAUAUGUUUCAAAGCGUCCAACACGAUAUCGACUCCUCCACCCCGGAUCGGUUCCUUUCUUCUGCAACCCAAGCAAAUUCCAACAGAAACCCUGACCUUCCACCAUCUUUGAGCCGCGGCCUCUCCUAUAGAGCGAGCCAGAUCGAAAAUAGUUGGAGAUCGGCCACGGUUGAUGCGGAACGGCGCUUCACCAACACAAGGAGCGACCUUGAGAAACAAGCCACCGAUACGGCACGACAGAUGGAGCAUAGAAUUAAUGAUACAGCACAACGGGUGGAGGAGCGAACUAACGAUACCGUGCAUGCAGCCGAGAAGAGGAUGGCAGAGACAUCGCACAAAGCCGAAGAUCAUGCAAAGGACACCGAGUCGAAGAUGUUGCAAGUUGCGGAAAAUACUGCUGAGAAAGUGCUGCAUAUGUUGAAGGACAGAAGAGGUCCAGGGUAG